CCGCAUACGGAUGUCGCACACAAGAAUUUCUCUAGUGCAAGAGGCACACUUACUAUUCUUUAACGGUAUGUUUUUACGUGUUGCACCCACAAUUAGGCCAAAAAUUGCACCGAACCCGCCAAUUUUUAACGCGUUCAAACGCAUGAAGUUACAUUUCUGAGGCUAUCCAGCAUGCCCUUCCCGCAUGGCUAUUUGAUCCCCAAAAUUACCCACCAAAACACAAACACAUGAAAUCCCUAAUUUGCAGGUCCCCUUUCUCUCACUUGAUACCGAGGAAAUCUCACACUUCAGCUUGUUCCCUUUUUACUGAAACCCAGAAAGCACAUACCCAUUCUCUGCAAGCAAGAAACUCGGAUGCGUUCUGGCAUGCACGCCAACUGUUCGACGAAACGCCUGCCUUGAGCGUGGUAUCGGCCACAACAAUAAUAGGCCAAUUUGCUCGGCAGCACCGUCACGAAGAAGCUAUUUAUCUCUUUUCUAGGAUGCUUGUUUUAAGUAUUAUCCCCAACGAAUUCACAUUCGGCACUGUCAUUCACUCGUCGACCGCACUCGGAGACCUAUCAAUAGGCAAGCAGCUUCAUGCCUGUGCAACAAAAACGGGUUUGCGUUCGAACGUCUUUGUGGGGAGUGCAAUUUUGGAUCUUUAUUCCAAGUUGAGCGUUAGCCAAGAUGCUCAAAGAGCUUUCGAAGAUACCCAGUACCCGAAUGUGGUUUCUUACACGACGUUGAUAUGCGCAUACCUGAAAAAGGAGAAGCUUGAAGAUGCCCUGCUUCUUUUCCGAGGGAUGCCGGUGAGGAAUGUUGUUUCGUGGAAUGCAAUGAUUGGAGGCUACAGCCAAACAGGCCACAAUGAAGAGGCUGUAAAUCUUUUCGCCGAGAUGCUUAGAGAUGGAUUGGUGCCUACCCAUUCUACUUUUCCAUGUGCCAUCAUUGCAGCUGCCAACAUAGCAGCACUAGGAAUGGGCAGGAGCUUUCAUGCCUGUGCUGUCAAGUUCUUGGGUAAGCUUGAUGUUUUCAUUGGCAAUUCAUUAAUUAGCUUUUAUGCAAAGUGUGGAAGCAUGGAAGAUAGUCUCUUAGUUUUCGUUAAACUUGAGGGAAAAAACAUUGUUUCUUGGAAUGCUGUGAUAUGUGGUUAUGCUCAAAAUGGUAAAGGAGAGGAAGCCAUUGGAUUUUUCGAAAGGAUGAGGGUUUCUGGUUGCAGACCGAAUAGCGUUACACUUCUUGGCUUAUUGUGGGCUUGUAAUCAUGCUGGUCUUGUCGAUGAAGGUUACUCAUAUUUCAAUCAGGCAAGAACUGAGGACUCUAGCAUUCUAAAGCCUGAGCACUAUGCUUGUAUGGUUGAUUUACUCUCGCGCUCGGGGUGUUUCACACAAGCUGAGGAGUUCAUCUGCAAUCUACCUUUUGAACCGGGUAUUGGAUUUUGGAAGGCAUUGCUUGGUGGCUGCCAAAUCCACUCGAAUACGGAAUUGGGGGAGUUUGCGGCUAGGAAAAUCCUGGAUUUGGAUCCAGAAGAUGUGUCAUCGUAUGUUAUGGUAUCCAAUGCACAUUCUGCAGCUGGGAGAUGGCAGAGUGUCUCAACAGUACGGAGAGAAAUGAAAGAAAAAGGACUAAAGAGGGUUCCAGGCUGCAGUUGGAUAGAAGUUAGGAACAAAGUUCAUGUAUUUGUUACUGGGGAUAAGAAUCAUCCGCAAUUGAAUGAAAUUUUUACCAUGUUAAAAAUUUUGUAUAGAGCAUUUAAGGGAGAAGUAUGUAGACAGGCUCCAGCAUCUCCAAUCGAUAUGUCAAAUUGCCACAAGGCUUCUAAGCUCUUGCAAUGAAACAACAGAUUGAUAGAUCCAAUUCAUCAUA